UGUAUAUUUUUUAUCGAAGAGGUUUUAUUCCACAAACAAAAUUUAUACAUUAAUUUGAAUAUAUUUUCAUAAGAUUAUACAUUAUGUUCAAAUUGCUCGUACAUUUCACAAGGACCUUUGUAACUGGUAAUGCUUGCAACACAAAGCUGUACCUGUUUGCUGGUGGUUUCAACAAGUGCCGUGGCUGUAGGGAUGAGGAACGUUACUUUGCCGAGAAGGAUAAGCAACAAUUAGAUAAUAUACGUAUUCAUGGCUUACCUUCAAUGGACAAAAAGUAUGAUUGCCCUACAGAAGAACUCGAGGAAGCUGUUAGUAAAUCAAUUCCAGGUCAAUGGUUGCGCGGAUCUUGUCACAACAAACAUAAGAAUUGCGCCGAAGAAGCAUACUUUUUAUCAGAGAACCAACAUUGUCUGGAUAAGUUUAAAGCAAACAGGACUCAGGAUAAAAGCGUAGACAAUAGUUCUAUUGAGGAAGACGUUCCUUUAACAACUUAGCUCCUAAUAAGCAUUACCAGUUACUCAAUCAUAAUUUGAUUGUAUUAAAGGUCCAAAUUAUGAAAUUAACGAGGUCUCCAACAUGUCAAAAAAUGAUAUAUAUUUUUAUAUA